AUGGGUAAGAUCCGGCCCGGACCGGAUCCAAAAGCGGCAUUGGUCUCCGAGAUUUGUUCCCUAUCGAGAUCAUCACCAAUUUCUUGCAUUCAUAUCAAUCACAACUCUGCUUCAUGUUUCAUCGACUGGUAUCUCCUUCUCGGUAUUCAGGAAGAUGCAGAGGUCAAGCUCAUACGUAAACGAUAUCACAAACUAGCUCUGAAGGUUCAUCCCGAUAAAAACAAUCACCCAAAAGCAGAUAUUGCUUUUAAGCUCAUCCACGAGGCGUAUUUAUGUCUGUCAGACGAAACAAAGAGAAGAUGCUUCAACAUAGACCGACGAAAGAACAUCUGUCUGAAAUGUAGCCGGGUCUCACACAAAACCAAAGAGAACCGUACCGAUAGUAAACCAAACCGGUUCUGUCAGACACUCAGGGACAUCAGGGACAAGUUCAGAGAAGAGAACAAGGUGAUUGAAAGAUGUUUGAAAACCAGCAGUGGAAUAGUCCCCCGAAAUCGAACCGACGAAACCCCGGUUUUUGGUAUACCAAACCGGUUUAACAAGGAGUCACCGGUUUUUAAUCCAUCGGAUUACAAGUUUUGUGGUUAUCCACACGUGAGAAAUCGGGUGUUGGACAACAACUUGUCGGAUUGGAAGAUGUUCAUGAGAAGCAGAUCCACUUGUGUUCACUCAUCUUGA